AUGGCCUCAACUACCGAAGCUGCGGUUCCGACCGGGGCGACCCCCGAGGUUGCGCUCUCCGUCGAUGAAGCUUGGUCGCACGCCAUCAAGUUGCGCGCUGCAAUCGACAAGGAACUCGAGUAUGUCCAGAAAGAGAGCCCUGGGACACGCGAAACUGCUCGAUUUGAGAAGGUCGAGACACUGUUGCAAAACUAUCGUCUUGCCUGCAUUGCGACAAUUUGGCCCGAUAUCCGAGCUGCGACAGACAAGAAGGCUGAAGAAGCGCUCUGGGGUACCCAUAACUCGAUCACCAAGUCCUACCGAAAGGCGCUCUCCAAAAUACAGGGCCCCAACCAUAUUGUUGCCCGCCGUAAGAUGGACAGGUUAUUUACGCACUAUCUCAAGACGGCUCAAUACUUUUACCGGGGCUACCUUCAGCGGAUUUGUGCGCGCUACCAAAUGACCGACCUUCAACGCAUUGCACGCCGGGCCGAUCUCGAGGAAAUGCCCGUGCCAGAUGAGGACAAAGUCGAUGCCGAAGCAAAGAAGCUGGACGAAGUUGUUAGGACAUCAUGCCACAAGACUCUCAUUUACCUUGGUGAUUUGGCGAGGUACAGAACGACCCGGGGCAAGGAGCCAAAGUGGGACAAUGCUCUGGCAUAUUAUCUCUUGGCGGAUGAGCUGAUGCCCGACUUGGGACACGGCCAUCAUCAGUGCAGUGUCAUCUAUUGCGAGACCGGAGACCAUUUUGAGGUGGUAUACCAUUUAUACCGCUCAUUGGCCUGUGCCACACCGCACCCGAACGCAUUGAUGAACCUCGAGCGUGAGUUCCGGGAGCUUUACAAGCGGAAGGACAAGGCUACUAAGCAUGCCUUGACUGCUUGGUUUGUCAAACUCCACGCCUUCUACUUCCGGGGGAAAGAAUUCAGCGAGCGUAAGUCGCUCGAAAGCGAGGUCGAACAUCAGCUCGUUCUCGCGAUGAAGACUGGCUCCGGAUACGGUUCGGCGUCGGACCUGCUUAGGAUUGUUCUCAUCAACAUCACGGCGUAUAUGACAGCCCAAAACAGAAUCAACGAGAAGUGGACUGACGCAGGUUCUUUGUCCUGUCAGUACAUCUUAUCGUUCAAUCUUCGUACGAUCACUACCAUUGCACGCUAUCUUGGAGAGGUCAUAGCAGAUAUGAUCAAGCGUAGGGGCAAAGAGACUGCCCUUGAAGGUUCUGAAACCAGUGGAACGCCUGGGUCUUUCUCCCAAGCCGAACCCCAGACAAGCUUCAGCCCUUCCUUCAACCGAAUUUUACCCCUCCUGCGCGUCUACAUGACGUGGUUCUGCUUUUACGAAUCGCAGCUGGUCGAGUUCCGUCCGCACCUGGAACCGCAGUUUGGAGUCAUGUGCACAACACUGGGCGACAUGUUGAGCCUCCUUUUUGAUCUAUUAGGAGGGGAGCACUCUGGCAAAGCCGUUAGCUGGCGCUUCCCAGAGGAUGAGAUGACCGAGGGUGUCAGGUGUCUCAACGGGACCGAUCUUAAAGCUCAAUUCCGGCUGUCAUACGACUCGUCGACUGGAGAACUCAAGCCACGCGCCGAAGAGGUCCUGGAAGCCGCCAAUUGCAGCGAGGAUGACCUCGCCUUUACUCGAGGACUUGAUGUUUUGUUUUGCGCCAUACACCUGGGCUCGACCAACUCGAAGUUUCCUCUGCUUUCUCUCGAUUUAAAGAAGGGCUCCCGUGAGGUCACCACAUUUACCUUCCUCGAAGGUGGAAAGCCCAUGCCUCCUCCCGCGGACCGCUUCGUCCGGCCUCCGUCCAGCACCCACACCCCCACGCAAAAGGUGGCGAACCAACCAGCCGUAGCUCCGAACUUUGGGGUCCCGAAUGAAGCUUCCGACAACCGGGAUUCUCACGACUCAGCCCCGCCAAAAGCUGCGGCAAAGGUGGUCCAGCAGAAACAAGCUGCCAAUGCAGAGCCUCCUGCCCCUGCUGCUCCGAUCCGGCGUUCAGAGUUCCCUAUUGAUCGACAGAUGUUCAACAUUCUCAAUGAAUUCAUCAACCCGCCCGAGUCUACCGCCUCUGUGUCCCAACCCGUCACUCCUACCGGCCGUCCUGUUCCAAGCCCAUAUGGUCCGAAUUUUGCAUCUGGAGCGGCUCCUACCGCCAGCGGAGGCCCCAACAGCCCCGCGCGGGGGGCGACUGGUGCUGGAACCUUCCCAACCUUGCCAUGGGAGUACUUUUAUCGACCUCCGGUCAACUCUACUUUGCAGAACCCCCUAGUGAGUAGCACGGGUACAAAUUGGGGUGCGACGAACGGGAGCGGGUUGUCCCGACCAGCGAGCUCCGGGAAUUUAGGCGGGACUCAGGGUGCCGGAGACAGCAUCGGCGACCGUUAUGCGCGUCGAGGAGACCAAAAGGACGAGAGCGUGGCUGGAUCGAGUACCAUGGAGGAUCAAGUCGGGGUGCUUCGCUUCCUCGACCUAGGAUCGGGGGACGUAGGAUCGGGGGACCGUGAAACCUGGCCGAAUACGGCCCCUCCAACGCAGACUGCUCACGUUUCCGUCCCGCUCCCAGCCCCGUCGCCGCAAUACAACACAUGGGGUGCCUCUAGAGGCCCGUGGCAGACCGCAUAUGGCAACAACCUGGGAACGGCGGAUCGCAAUGGCAUAUCUAACUCGCCCUUCUCGACGCUCAAUUUCUCGGCCGGCAGCUCUGGCCUUCCGCGGGUCAACAGUCCUUGGGGCCUGCCUCAUCCGAACAACUUCAACGAUCAGGCUUCCGCUAGGCACUCGCCAUCCGCAUGGCACGAUGCUCGGCAGCCGCGUACCGGUCCGGCCCAGCCGCGACAGGUCGACAUUUGGGGUCAGCCUAUCCAGAACCCGCAGCAGUCUGCUUUCGACGGAAACGCAAAUGGCAACCCGUCGACGCCUCAGGGUAUGCACAAGCGCUGA